AUGGAUCCACAAAACUCCUCCCAGCCAACUUUCCUCCAGCAAUUUUUCAUCAAGAUCUUCUACUUCCUUAAUCUCCUCGUGCCAUGGCACAAACUCCCGGGCUUCCUCGGCGCACUCAAUCUCAACUACCUGCGUGUUGAGCUGCGUGCCUUCAAUCUCUACGAUGGGUAUACUUCUGCUGAUGCGCAAGGAAACACAGUGGACCACCCACUAGAAGACAAACGGUUCAACAACGCAAGGAACUCCGACGGCAAGUUCAACUCGCUGGAUCAGCCACUCAUGGGCUGCGCGGGGAUGCGUCUCGGAAGGAAUUUUCCAAGGGAGCACACUGGGAAACCAAGUGAGGAGGAGCUCUGGACGCCAAAUCCGAGACUCGUUAGCGAGCGGUUCAUGGCGCGGAAGACCGGGCGAGGGUUCAUCCCUGCGACGAGUCUGAAUUUGCUUGCGGCCGCCUGGAUCCAGUUUCAGGUUCAUGAUUGGUUUCAACAUGAGACUAGCGAUGAGACCUACGACCUUCCACUUCCAGCAGGGGAUCAAUGGCCUCAUGGCCGGAUGGCCCUUCCUCGCACCAAGCCCGAUGAGAUACUAGACAAAGUUGAUAUCCGAUGCCCAGGUUAUAAGAACGAGAACACGGCGUGGUGGGACGGCUCGCAAAUCUACGGCUCAACUGGAGCUGUCCAAAGAAGGCAAGAGAUGCUACAUACGCUUUUCGCUAUGGAGCACAAUGCCAUCUGCGACAUGCUGCGUGCUGCGUAUCCUGACUGGACUGGGGACCAAAUCUUCGACAAGGCUCGUCUAGUCAACUCUGCCCUGAUGGCCAAGAUACACACUGUUGAAUGGACGCCAGCUAUUCUGGCCCAUCCCGCUCUUCAGAUCGCCAUGAACGCAAACUGGUGGGGGCUGGCCGGCGAGACCUUGAACAAGAUGGUAGGCCGGAUCCCAAAGGCUGGUGAAGCAAUCAGCGGUAUUCCUGGCUCUGGGGUAAACCACUUUGGCGCUCCGUACUCUCUGACCGAGGAGUUCGUCUCCGUCUACAGAAUGCAUUCACUGAUUCCUGAUAACAUUGCGUUCUUCAGCGCCACAGAGGGCGAGCACAAGUCAACCAUCCCCUUCCCAGACACGGCCUUCAGCAAGGCCCAGAGCCCCUUUGAACAGGGUAUAUCCUUCGCCGAUACCUUUUACUCCUUUGGCGUCAACUACCCCGGCGCCAUCACCAACAACAACUACCCCGACUUCAUGCGCAACCUCCACACCCCAGACGGCCAGUACCGGGACAUGGGCACUGUAGAUAUCCUACGGGACCGCGAGCGCGGCAUACCACGCUACAACCAGUUCCGACGGCUGCUGCGCAUGCCAGCCCCCAAGACAUUCGAGGAGCUAACCGGUGGCAACAAGGAGCUCGCGGCAGAGCUGAGCGAGGUGUAUGGUGGUGACAUUGAACUGGUUGACGCGCUUGUGGGCUCGCACAGCGAGCCGCUCCCCCAGGGCUUUGGGUUCAGUGAGACUGCAUUCCGGAUUUUUAUACUCAUGGCCAGCAGGCGGCUGAAGAGUGACCGGUUCAUUGCAGGGCAGUGGAAUGCGGAGAUGUAUACUGAAGAAGGGUUUCGCUGGGUGCAGGAUACUGGGAUGAAGGACGUGUUGAUGCGGCAUUUUCCGGAGCUGAGGGUCCAUUUGAAGGGCAGCAAGAAUGUGUUUGCGCCGUGGAACAAGUUGCCCAAGUCUGCUGUGUACAAGGGGGUCGAGACCAAUGCCACGGGGUUAUAA